AUGUUGUCGUACAUGCUACCGACGGAGGACAAGCCACCGCCCGGCGAGCCCAGCAGCCAGCAGAACAAUUAUCGCGCGGCGGCGGCGGCGGCGACGGCGGCCGGCAAGCUGCAGAAGAGCACCGCCGUGGUGAGCACGUCGCCGAGGAAAUGCACGGACGCGACUAGAGCGAUGAUCGUCUCCACCAGGAUCGAGGAUCCGGCCGGCGGCGUCGUCAGCGGCGGCGAUCCCAUCGCCCGGCGCGGCUCCCCUCGGCCGGCCGAGAGCCCGAAGCACAACGGGACGAACACCGCGAGGAAGUCGACCCUGCACAACGCCAGCAGGGUUACUAAGGACGACAGCCUCUACAGCAUCGACAGCGUCGCCAGUACCGCCGGCAGCGAGCGCAAGAACAAGAUUCUCAACGGCGCGAAGCAUGCCAGCCUGAAGAGGGUAUCUUUCGGCUCCAGCAAAGGAUCGAUGGUGGAAACCCUCGUUUACGAGACCCCAGUGCAAGAAGAACCUGAGAUCAAUCACUUUCUGGACCACAACGGCCGCCUACCUCCUUCUAUGAUACCUGUGCCUGAUACUGA